UCUGAUUUGGAAACCAUUGAAGGUUCAUUCCUCUGCAACCGUGAUCAGUGUAUCGGAGUGUAUCCGAAGUAAUCUUGAACCCUGAUUUCUGUAUAAAAGAGUGCACCCGGAGUAAUCUUGAACCUUGAUUUCCGUAUAUCAGAGUGCACUCGGAGUAAUCCUACAGAGAAAAACCGGAGAGUUGAAACUAAACCUUGAAAAAUCUGCGGGAUUUCAGAGAAGUUAUAACAUUUUCGACAGUGUUAAGAUUUAGAAUUUGCUUUUUCAGUUUAAAGAUAAGAGCGUGAAAAGUAUUUUCUACUGAGGGAUUAAACUUAGUUACAUAUCUCGAUCAGCAAAGCCAACAGGUGCAAAAUUUGGACAGAUUUUUGCAGUGGGCAAAAAUGAGUGGGUUCACGGAUUUUUCGCAGAUUCUACACUCCAGAAAUACAGAGAAAAUACAGAAGGUACCUGGAGGUCCUAUGGUAGAACUAGAGGAUGCAGAGCUCUGGGAUAAGUUUAAGAACCUAACGAACGAGAUGAUCGUCACCAAGAAUGGGAGAAGAAUGUUUCCAGUGAUUAAGGUUCGCAUCUCAGGAUUAGAUCCAUCCGCCAUGUACUCCGUCCUCCUUGAGUUCGUCCAGGUGGAGAACCACAGGUGGAAGUACGUGAACGGAGAAUGGUUGGCCGGCGGUAAGGCGGAGCCCGCCCCUCAGAACCCGGUCUACAUGCAUCCAGAUAGUCCUAACUUCGGAGCACAUUGGCAGAAUGAUCAAGUGAACUUUUCUAAAGUUAAGUUGACCAAUAAAACGAAGGGUUCGGGACAGAUUAUGCUGAACAGUUUGCACAAGUAUGAACCACGCGUCCAUGUUGUUCGGGUUCCCGGAGCUGCCGGCGACCCGCAGCAAGUCUGGAGCUUUCCAUAUCCGUCGACGCAGUUCGUUGCCGUGACCGCUUACCAGAACGAGGACGUGACCGCACUCAAGAUUAAACACAAUCCCUUUGCUAAGGCGUUCCUAGAUGCUAAGGAGCGUCCUGGAGCUCAAUCCCCUGUUACAAACCUUAGCUCUGGUCUACCUAGCUGGUAUAUGAACUCCAUGAACUCCAUGAACUCCAUGAACUCGAUGAACUCGAGGAAUAUGUCUAGGUCCAGGUAUACUCCGUAUACUCUACACCAUAGACCUGGAUAUAUUAAAGAAGAAUCAGCUGCCUAUUAUCCUGGAUGCUACGACACACCCUACACGUAUCCUCAUCCUGCAUACAGCGCUCCUUUAACCCCCUCAGCUCCAGGAUUCACUGCUCCGCCCACAUCUUCUCCAGGGAACUGUUCUAGCUCCUCCUCCUCUUCCCACCACUCACCUACUCCAGAUCAAGGACUCCAGUAUGAUUAUCAGUAUCAGUACUCAUCUCAUCAGUACUACGUCCCGGAGGAUUUUCUUCAGCUCUCACAGUUUGAUUAUUCAUACAACUCAGGGUAUCUUCCAACCCCACCCUCACACUCACCCGGAGCUGAAUACUCCCAACCUCAAACUCAUCUUCAUCCUCUAACAGAGUCUAAAUGUAAGAUCGAACCUCUGGAUUCAACUCAGGGUGCUAAUCUAGACACAGAGUCGUGGUUUGGUUCUAAUCUCAGAAUAAACCAGGACUCGGAGUCAAUUCUCUCAAUGGAGCAAAUCCACACAAACUUGGAUACCAGACCCCAUCUUCAGACCAGUCUGGAUACCAGAUCCCACCAUCAGACUAGCCUAGAUACCAGAUAUCAGCACCUGGAUACCAGAUCUCUGCAGCCAAGUCAAGAUUCUAGACCCCUUCAGCUUCUGUCCAACCUGGAGCAUCCGACCCAACCCAUUCUUUCCUCUGUCUCAGCAGCCAGACAAUCCUUACUUUCAUAGAGAACCAGAA